UCUCCCUCUCCAUUCCCCCAGAUCCGCCAGCCUGCUCUCUGUCACGGGUCGGUUCGUCUAUCUUUACAGCUCGAUUUGGAAGGCAAUUCCACCAUCAGGGGUUUCCACACUUGGCCAUGGCUCCCAGACUCCAUUUGGUCCGCCACGCAGAGGGCUUGCAUAAUCUCGGCAUGGUCUACUGGUCUCUCGAGGACCCGCCUCUGACCGAGAAGGGCAGGGAGCAGUGCUCCAAGCUCAGAGAGCAUUUUCCCUCGCAUCCCAGCGUUGAACUUGUCGUAUCGUCGCCCAUGCAUCGUGCCAUCGCGACUGCAGUGGAGAGCUUCCAACCACUGUUUGAUCGUCUCCCGGACUCCAGGUUGGUGGCACUGCCGGAUCUCCAGGAGAUCAGCAGCUUCCCCUGCGAUAUUGGAAGUGAAGUGACCGCACUUCAAGCGAAAACGGAGGAGUUAGGCGUUCACAUAGACUGGACCCAUGUGGAGGACGGGUGGACGAGCAAGGACGGACGAUACAAGCCCACCAGAGAAGCGAUUCAGGAGCGGGCUCGUGCCGCCCGGCGGUGGCUCUAUGAGAGGCCAGAAAGGCCAGAAAAGGAGGUGGUGGUAGUCACCCAUGGGGCCUUCUUACACUUCCUGACCGAGGAUUGGGAAGACAGUUGUGUGUACGAAGGGACGGGCUGGGCCAACACCGAGUAUCGCACGUAUGAGAUGACCGCCGCUCCGGAGGAUGACGAAAUCUCGCUGGUGGAGUGUGACAGCUCGCGGGUCCGCCGUGGCAAGACUCACGGGGCAUCUUCACGAGAUGAACAAAGUCGAUUGUAUGGGAUGGCGCUGCAAGGGUGGGAGGAACAGGGCUACUUGUUGAACGGGAUCACCCAGACGGCGGUAGUGGGAUAGGCAAUGC